GGCCUGGCAGCCUGGGUCUACUUCUGGGCUGGGAGCAAGAAGCAGGGGGUUGCCCUUAAAGGAGGUCCUGAAGGCAACUCCAGUUGGGAUGGCAACAUCAGCAUUUCUAAGGGCCGUGGGGGGUCCAGCCCCGCUGGGGGCACCCUAGCCUCCCACAGCCCACCAUCUGUGCACCUGCCCCCUGCCCAUUUGAGGGCCACUCGCCAUGGGCGGCUGCUUCUCCAAGCCCAAGCCAGUGGAGCUCAAGAUCGAGGUGGUGCUGCCUGAGAAGGAGCGGGGCAAGGAGGAGCUGUCAGCCAGCGGGAAGGGCAGCCCCCGGGCCUACCAGGGCAACGGCACUGCCCGCCACUUCCACUCGGAGGAGCGUCUGCCUGCCCCGCACCCCUACCCUGGUGCUCAGGACUGCGUGGAGGCCGCUGUCUGCCAUGUCAAGGACCUCGAGAAUGGCCAGAUGCGGGAAGUGGAGCUGGGCUGGGGGAAGGUGCUGCUGGUGAAGGACAACGGGGAGUUCCACGCCCUGGGCCACAAGUGUCCACAUUACGGUGCCCCCCUGGUGAAAGGUGUGCUGUCCCGGGGCCGGGUGCGCUGCCCCUGGCAUGGCGCCUGCUUCAACAUCAGCACCGGGGACCUGGAGGACUUCCCUGGCCUGGACAGUCUGCACAAGUUCCAGGUGAAGAUUGAGAAGGAGAAGGUGUACGUCCGGGCCAGCAAGCAGGCCUUGCAGCUGCAGCGAAGGACCAAGGUGAUGGCCAAGUGCAUCUCUCCAAGUGCUGGCCACAGCGGCAGCACCAACGUGCUCAUUGUGGGCGCAGGUGCUGCCGGGUUGGUAUGUGCGGAGACCCUGCGGCAGGAGGGAUUUUCAGACAGGAUCGUCCUGUGCACGCUGGACAGGCACCUCCCCUAUGACCGGCCCAAGCUCAGCAAGUCUCUGGACGCCCAGCCUGAGCAGCUGGCCUUGAGGCCCAAGGAGUUCUUCCGAGCCUAUGGCAUCGAGGUGCUCACGGAGGCUCAGGUGGUCACAGUGGACGUGAGAAACAAGAAGGUCGUGUUCAAGGACGGCUUCAAGCUGGAGUACAGCAAGCUUCUGCUGGCUCCCGGGAGCAGCCCUAAGACCCUGAACUGCAAAGGCAAAGAGGUGGAGAACGUGUUUACCAUCCGGACGCCUGAGGAUGCCAAUCGCGUGGUGAGGCUGGCUCGGGGCCGCAACACAGUGGUCGUGGGAGCCGGUUUCCUAGGGAUGGAGGUGGCUGCCUAUCUGACGGAGAAGGCCCACUCGGUGUCCGUGGUGGAGCUGGAGGAGACACCGUUCAGGAGGUUCCUGGGGGAGCGUGUAGGUCGUGCCCUCAUGAAGAUGUUUGAGAACAACCGGGUCAAGUUCUACAUGCAGACGGAGGUGUCGGAGCUGCGGGCCCAGGAGGGAAAGCUGAAGGAGGUCGUGCUGAAGAGCAGCAAGGUGGUGCGGGCUGACGUCUGUGUGGUGGGCAUCGGUGCGGUGCCCUCCACGGGCUUCCUGAGGCAGAGCGGCAUCGGUCUGGAUUCUAGAGGCUUCAUCCCUGUCAACAAGAUGAUGCAGACCAAUGUCCCAGGCGUGUUUGCGGCCGGAGACGCCGUCACCUUCCCCCUGGCCUGGAGGAACAAUCGGAAAGUGAACAUCCCACACUGGCAGAUGGCUCAUGCCCAGGGUAUGGCCAAGCCCACAGCAGAAUAAAGGGGGUGGGGGAAGGGGGAGAGAGGCUGUCCCAGGACCUCAGCCUCCCCCAGGCCCAUCCCUCAGUUUCUGACCUUGGGCCCUGAUUGCUGGUGGCAAAGGCAGUCAAAGCUCUGUGGUGGCCUGUCUGGGCCAGCCUCAUCCAGGUGAUCCAGUGGCUCACAGAGCAAGCCCUGUGUGUGGCCCGUCUCCAGAGACCUCCCUCCUGUGCUAACUGGACACCCCUUUCAGCCAGCCACAGCACCCCACCCCACUUGUCCUUCCAACAACCUCUCCUUUAAAAAAAAAUAUAUUUUUAUUGAUUUUAGAGAGGAAGGGAGAGGG